AUGACUACCAGUGAAUCCUUGAAUAAAAGACGAAAGAAUCUUCUUUCAAACGAAGUUUCAAAUAACAAAGAAAAUAUUCAAUUGAUUUGGCUUGAUGGAAAUAUAAAUGAUUCAGAUGAUUAUCUUCUCACACAAUUAAUGUUAAUUGAACUCAAUUCAGCUGUUCAAUUUUAUUCUCAUUUUGAUCGUUGUCUCGAUUUAAUCAAAUCAAUCAAAAAUGAACAAAUCUCUCUUAUUGUUUCAGGUGAAUGUUUUCUUUAUAAAUUAUUAAAUAAAGCACUUCGAACUGAAGAUAUAGAAUUACUCUCUACUUUUCGAUUCUUUAUUAUUGAUUUAUGUUCAGUUAUUAAACAAGAAAAUCAUCGUUUGAAAAAUAAAGGAACAUUAAUUUUGUAUCGUGGAACACAAAUUCCAAAAGAAGAAUUGGAAAAAAUAAAAGAAAAUAUUGAUAAAACUAUUUCAACAAAUGGAUUUUUAUCAACAUCACGAAAUAUUAAUGUAUCACUUCGAUUUAUUCAUAAUAAUCCUCCAUUAAAUGAUUUUACAUCGGUUUUAUUUGAAAUUAAAGCAAAUCCAUUACUGAAAACAGUAAUUUUUGCUGAUGUUGGAAAUAAAUUUGUUGUAUAUUUAAUCAAUAUUACGCAAAAUAAAAUAAGAAACUAG